AUGCCGUUCUCAGACAACUUGUACUCGGCGGUGGAUGAUGAAUCGGAUUUUGAACCAAUUGACGACAUUCCGAGUCAACAGGGCCGUGAACUGUCUCAAUCGGCACAUCGGCCUCCUCAAUUUGGCCAUGCACGGGCCAGCACCCACGACGACGACGACGAGGGGCUCGAUGCUGACGCCCUGUCUCCUGUCGAUGGUUACUUUGGGUCAUCAAAUGAUACCUCAUCCGACACGUCUGCUGUUGCGACAUCAUCCAUCGUGCCGCAUGUGCCGAAUGUCUGGGUUGAGGACCCGAGCCUCACCACCGCGGCGAGCAAGGCACGGGAGGCCGAGUUGGAGAGACGAGUGUCAGGGGUUGCGAGGGAGGACUACUCGGUUGGGGGGCUGACGAGUUCUGGAUACAACUCGUCUGCGUAUACUGGGUCGUCUCGAGCUCAUGGAUAUAGUGGUUCGUUUUCGAGGCCGGGUACGUACGCCCAAUCCUCGUCGCCAUCAUCAUCAUCUGCUGGACCAUCGGUUCUGUCUACGAGAUCAUAUACGCCAUACCAACACAGAGCUGCGUACCAGGGUGAGAGUUCGAGACUGGUACCGCAAGACGCCCCGCCGGCUUAUACACCUUCACCCACGUCGCCUCAGAGUUUGCAAGGUGGGCACGACGCUUCCAGGAAUUACAGUACUUUCUCGGCACCGACUGGUACAAUGGGACGCUUGCGGGAGACUCAGGGGCUCUUGGGCCAUGAGCCUGAAAGCAUGAGAGACUCUGGAAAUGGUGGUUCUGGUGAAGACAGCCCCCGAUGGAGGGAACGAAUUGAAAACAGGAUAUCGUCAUUUGACAGGAGUUAUUGCAAGUUUGCGUUUCUUGUGGUGGGAUUGGUCUUGCUGUCUACCGGGUUCCUCACCACUCUCAUCAAUAGCGUGAGAGACGAGCGACCACACCUCCACCCACCACCCAAGAUGACCUACCCCGAUCUCGACAACAAACUCCCCUGGCAGGACGGCUCCUCCUGCGGGACGGACCGCAUCACGCGUGAUCCCGAGUCGUUUGACGUCUUGUUUUCGUCCGACAAGCCCCUGACCAUCAUCCAAAACAAUUCCCACAACAACGACCACCACUCUUACAAACCCAUCCAGAUCCACGGUUCGGUUAUUUUCCGACAGACUGACGCUGACCACCCUGACCCGAAGCUGGUGGUGGAAACAACAGUCAACAACGACCUCAUCGCUGCUGCCAUCACCUGGGAGGAGACCUCCCAAAAGCUGGUCGUCACCAUUCCUAAUGUUUUGAUUUCUGACGACACCAACGACCAAACCACACCCUGGCCAUGCAUCCACCUAACCGCCACGGUUUGGACCCCCCCCUCCUCGUCGCUGUUGACCCUCUCAGUCAAAACAACUGUUUUGUCUAUCCUUUUGGUUGAUAACCUGUCUUUGAGCAUCGCAGAGUCGACCAGCCUGUCCUCCACUGUUGGGUCUAUUGUUUCUGAUACUGCCGGCUCGGGGUCUCAGUCCCUAACCCUUUCCCCGUCAUUCAAGUUCAUCUCCCCCCUCAUAGAAACCAACACCACCUCAGCCCCGAUAUCCGGCUCCUGGCCGCUGUACAACUACCUCUCCUUUGAGUCCACAGCAGGUAACAUCAAAGUCACCAUCCUCCCCCAGCCAGACCUCGACCCCUCACACCCCAAACCUGCCAUCCUCAAUGUGAAGUCCUCCUCCGGAACGGUGGAACUUACCGAGCCGAUCGACGCCGCGAAGGAGGCGUAUGAACUGGCACAGGUCCUGGCGGCAGAAGGGGCCGGUUACCUUCUUGCCGGGAAGGCAGGGGAGGUUACCCCAGUGAGGGAUUACAGGGUUGAUGUCCACACCACGUCUGGGAAAAUCAAGGCUAAACUUGCCGUGACGGACGGGGCGAGGUUCAGGAGUACCUCUGGGGGGAUGGAUAUUGAUGUUUUGCUGGUGCUGGAUGGGGGGGUGUAUAACCCCGAGGGAAGAAAGGUUGAUUUGGAGACGUCGAGCACGAGUGGGAAUGUUGGGGUUAGGGUCGGGGAGGUGAUGUGGGUUGGGAGGGAUAAGGAAAACAAGUUGGAUGUGGUUCGGGGGAGGCACGGGAGCACCAGUGGGAAUGUGAGGGUUAAUUACCCGAAGAGUUGGGAGGGGGAGGUGAGUUUGGAGACUUUGAAGUGGAAGUUGAUCAUUCGGCGGGAAGAGCCUUUAUUCUUCACCCACCUCCAACACACCAAAUUCCCUCCUCUCCCACAUCAUCCCCCCCUUUGCCCACCCCUCCCAAACCAAAGAAACACCCCCAAGCCUACCAACCACAGGCUCUCCCCCCCCCCCCCGGGGAAAAUUGGCGACCCUGGCGCCGGCCCGCAGCCCCCCACAAAACUUAUUAAAAACAACCCCCUCCAAAGCCGGGCC